AUGGCAUUCACUGGCAGUUUGUGUCAAUCUUUCAAUUUAUCCGGAAGUUGUGUUUUGUAUUCGCGAUUAGACAUUUUGAUUGUUAUCACUGAAGAAUAACAGGCUUCGUGAAUAUUAACUUGCAAAGCACUGUGUGAUCAAAAUACUUGCGGCAGGUGUAAUGAUUUGGGCUAAAACAAUCUUAGUGCGUAAUAGAAAGUGUUGUAGAAUUUGGAUCUCUUCACGAAAGAUCCCCCAUUGAGCGCGACUAAAAGUGAAUGUGAAUGAAUUUAUUUGCUUGUAUUUCACAAUAUCAAGGAUAUAGCAGUCAUUAUGGGGCUGAUUUGGAGAGAAGGCAGGAUGGUGAACUUUUUGUUGUUGAUCCUGUUCGUAGUGUUACAAGUAGUUAAUGACGGAAUUGCGUCACAUCGUAAUGAGGAUUGCACGGCUGUUGCAAAAGAUGAAGAAACCUUGUUGGUUUUUUCCACUUUGGGUGGAGGGUUGACUGCGAUUGACCCACUGUCUGGGGAAAUACGCUGGUCAAUUGCAGAUGAGCCGGCUAUACGGGUUCCCUCGCUGUCUGAAAUGAACCCACAUUAUCUGCCGGAUCCAAGAGAUGGUAGUCUCUAUACGUACCGAAACCCGGAGGGCGGCCUGAAGAAGCUGCCAUACACCAUACCUCAGUUGGUGGCCAGUGCUCCAUGCCGUUCCAACGACGGUAUAUUGUACUCUGGCAAAAAGAGUGACGAUUGGUUUCUAAUCGAUCCAAAAACCGGUCGCCGGGAAAAAGUACUCGGCUUCGGUGCGCCACUCGAUCGGGACAAAGCAGAGUCCAUAGGUUGGGCCACCUCACGGGCAGUUUAUUUGGGCCGCACGCAGUACACUGUAAUGAUGUACGAUAGUUUAGCUACAGAGAGGAAUUCAAAACCCUGGAAUGUGACGUUUUUCGAUUAUACGUCCCACACGAUGGCACCGGAGCUUACAAAAGAGUACGAAUUCCUUCACCUCACAAGCAGUUCGUCAGGGCUGACGGCAACCUUUGAGCAGAAAAAACGAACCCCGCUGUGGCAGAACGAUUUGUCCAGCCCAGUUGUGGCUGUAUUUUUGCUUGGAUCGGAAGGACUGCUAAGUGUUCCAUUUCAAACGGUUUCCGAUGAGGUGCUGCAGGAGAUCAAUGAGCGCGCACGGGACGGUAACUUCGAUAAUUUAAAGUUGUUCCCGACCGUCUACGUGGGGGAAGCUUUGAACAACGUGUACGCCAUUCCGUCGUUGGUGGACAAAAAUACCGCAACAUUGCCGUCGGAGCCGACGGUUAAUCUUCUGGGCGGUCCCCGGACGGGCGAAGCGCCGGGAAAGGAACUGAUUGCAACCGAAACGGCUCACAUUCAGAACGACAAUAUUAUUAUUUUGGGGCAUUAUCAGCCGCCAAAAACAGACGAUAGUGUCAAGCUGGACAUUGCACCAGGAGGCCCAGGAAGUUUCUACAAAAACGGUCAACUAUCGACGGUUUUGUUGGACCUUAAUGGGCUACCGAAGCCGAAGGACAAACAACAGCAGGAGGAAGAGACGAAAACAAUUGGAAUACAAACAGACGAUGUACGAGGGUUAAAUGGAACGACAGUUUUUAGUGAUCUCAGCAUGAGUGCUUUGAUAGGUCGGUUGUAUAGAGACGUUAAGUUGUGGCUAGAUGCUCAACCUAAUAAGCUGCCGACUAUAAUGUUUGUAGCGUUAUUCGGGAUUGUGGUGUUUGGUUUCUGGUACAUUCAUAUGCAAAUGAAAGCUUUGCAAGAGCAGAGUCAGAAUGGAUCGCAAACGAACUCAAAUCGGAGCACCGGUAGCAAUUACGCAGAAGUAGUCGAUUUUGGGGACGGUGAGAUCCGGGUGGGUAAGAUCCACUUCAACACGCAAGAUGUGUUGGGAAAGGGCUGUGAGGGAACAUUCGUUUUCCGGGGAAAGUUCGAGAAACGAGAAGUAGCUGUAAAACGUAUUCUGCCUGGGUGCUUCACGCUGGCUGAUAGAGAAGUGGCAUUGCUUAGGGAAAGUGAUGCCCAUGAGAAUGUUGUUCGAUAUUUUUGCACUGAACAGGAUCGACAGUUUCGGUAUAUUGCCGUCGAAUUGUGUGCUGCAACUCUACAGGAUUACGUAGACGCUAAGUUUGCCGAAACUAUUCAAAAGCAAAUUUCCGCGUUGGAAGUUUUAUCGCAAGCAACCAGUGGCCUAAUGCAUUUACAUUCACUGAACAUUGUCCAUCGAGACAUAAAACCGCAGAACAUUUUGCUUUCACUACCAGACAACAAAAACCAGGUUAGAGCUAUGAUUUCUGAUUUUGGUCUCUGCAAAAAGUUGAACUAUGGUAAAACAAGUUUUUCGAGGCGCUCGGGAGUAACGGGCACAGACGGAUGGAUUGCGCCGGAAAUGCAGCGAGGGCACAGAACUACUACCUCUGUCGAUAUCUUCUCAUUGGGUUGUGUAUUUUACUACGUUCUUUCUAAGGGAUAUCAUCCUUUUGGCGAUAACCUAAAAAGGCAAGCAAACAUUCUCUCAAACGAGUAUCAGUUGUUCGCCUUGCAUGCAGAUGGCAAACCUAGCAAUCGGUCAGUUUUAGCCGAAGAACUUAUUGCCGAUAUGAUAGCUGCUGAUCAAUCGAAGCGGCCACCGGCAAGUGCUGCGCGAAAUCAUCCUCUUUUCUGGAGCAACGAUCGAAUUCUCUCCUUUCUGCAGGAUGUGAGCGAUCGGGUAGAAAAAUCCGAUGUCUUAUCAGAUCCACUGCGAACAUUAGAACGAAAUGCUCGCUUCGUAGUUCGUGAGGAUUGGAGCUUGCACUUGGAUCAGGAAAUCACCAGCGAUUUGCGGAAGUACCGGGGCUAUCAAGGCUACAGCGUUCGGGAUCUUUUGCGGGCCGUUCGUAACAAGAAACAUCACUAUCACGAGCUUACACCAGAAGUGCAGCAAGCCUUAGGAACUAUUCCGCAGGACUUCACCGAUUACUGGAUAAGUCGGUUUCCACGGCUACUAUCGCACGCGUAUCACGCCCUAGCUGAGAACUCACAAGAGCCAAUCUUUAGACCGUACUACAAUGAAAACAGUUACCAUUUCACUAAGCCAGUCUAUUUCGAAGAGGAUGGUAACGAAAACUACGAUCUCAUUCGUUACUACGAAAUGGCACAAAAACUGAAGGCAUCUCAAAGUCCUAAAAGAAAACCAGCAACGCAGAUAGAUGCGCCGACGGCACCAUCAGAUUCGCCCCAAAAGAAUCAACGCAGGGGCACUUACAAUUUUGGUAGAUAUUCAACUAGUUCGGGUUUCAUUACAAGAGAUCAGAUGAUGGGAGGCAGUGCCGCUGUUUCGAAUACCAUUGUCAGUAUAGAACCCCCAAGCUAUGCGAACGUUGUUGCCGAAAAAGUUGAGGGCGAAGAAUUUCAAACAGUUGUAAAUAAUAAUAAUCGCCGUAAGAGUAACAAUAAUGUACGCCGUAGAGAGAGUGCAAAGGUAACAUGGAAUUUACAUCCGCAGGCAGAUUGAUAGAAGGAUGUUUAGUCAUUAACGAGUUAGAUAGCACAUACCUUUGUCAUACAUAGAUAUCGUAAUACUGUUUUAGAAAAUUGAGUAAUCUGAAGACAGUGAACCUUUCUCUGGGCUUACUUACAUUGUUUUCGUAGGGCGUAAAUCUAUGAUCACCAGAUUUACUUGUCUACAAAAUCCAUAGUAAUGAAUCGGUGACUUCGGACUGGUGUGUUGCAGUCAAAUGGGAUUAUGUUUCCGAUUGGAUGGGUCGACGCGCAUUAGUGACUAGAAAAAAAAACGAACGUUGAUCUCUGUGUGCAAUUUCGAUUCGAAGUUCAUUGUUUCUUUAUGAGAAUUUAAACGGAAAUGCACUAUUGCGUUUUAACAGUCUGUGAUAAUUUUGCUAAACGAUUUGAAUCCCUAGCUAAGAUAAUUCCUAGGUAUAGACACUAGUGUAAUUAAAGAGUAAAAAACAAUCUGAAUUAGUGAUUACCAGCACUAACUCAAAGUUAAAGCCUAUAUUUGGUAAUAAUUUACAUUACAUUUGUAACUCAAACAAAAAAAAGGUAUAAAGUAACGGUGAAUAAAUUUUAUCACAAAUGUA